UUUCAUAACCAUUCCCCAUAAAUCACUUACUACAUCACUGUCUACAUUUGCUCUUAUAGGACCACAAAAUUCUCUCCAAUAAUUUCUGUUAGCUUCAUUUAUAAUGUUUCUUUCCUUAGCCUGUACUCUCUUAUAUUAAAAAAAAAUCAUCAAAUACAAAUGUUUUACUUUGGGACUGCUUUCUUAUACUUUCUUGUAUUAUUUCAAAUAUUUUUACCAACUCCACAUAUUUCAUGAUGAAGUUCCUCACUAAGUCUCCAUUUACUUCUACUACAUACAGUAGCUGCUUCAACCCCUAAUUUGCAUAUAAUUGAGAAGAAGUCACUUCCCAUUGGAUUAUUAUUCAAUACUUUCUAAUCACUACAUCUGAAUUGGGCCCCUGAUGAUUUUGGCCGUUUUUUAUUUGUGUUCAUUUCUAAGUUCAGCUGCUUGUACCAUAUAUUGAUUUUUCAUCACUUUUUUCGGUUGAAUGUCACUGGAAACUGCUUAUUUGCCAAGGAUCGUUUUGGUAAAAAGGGUAGCAUGGAAAUUAGCAUACUCUGCUAAUUAGCUUGCUAACCAUGAAAUAAGAGUCAGAUAACUGCGAAGACAUUGUGGUUAAAUCCAGUACUUCCCGAGGUCAUAGAACUCAAUUCCUGGAAUCUGUUGAUUGACCUUGCAGCCCCGAAUGAAUGCAAGGCUGCAAAGCAUUUUUUGAUGCUCUGGCAGUUUGUACCAUCCGAAAGCAGAACAAGUAAAAAGUUUUACCCAAACUUCUUCUCAGAAAAAGCCACCGAGAGCCCGGUGUAAUAUGAAGCUGUGUGGAUUGCUGAUGAGCUGUCUGGUCUCCUUGGUGCUGGCAGAGGACAACGAUAGUGACAGAUGCGACAUAUGUAAAGAGGGUAUCGUGUUAUUACAGGCAACGGGCAAUGACACUGACGUCAAAUCAAGUAUAUCCGGAUUCCGAUGUUUAAUCCACAAUGAAACCCUAUUACGUUGCUCCUGGUUCACAGGCUCGCUUCCUGAAUAUGCACAAUAUUCUGCUUCAUAUAUACAUUGCAGCAAUAACCAGGACCAUCCUUUACAUUGUGUCAUAAAUAGUUCAAAGAAAUUGGUUGAAUGCAGCGCUGAAAUAAAAUGGUUGGAGGUGGUGGAGGAGAAGAAGGAAAUAUGCUUAGAGGAACUAUUUGUCUUGGUCAACAUUACGAUAAAUGACCACUGGUACACCAUCUGCCGAGGAUAUGAGGCAGGAGAUAUCGAAAGUCUUAAUCCACCACAUAAUAUAAGAGCUUCAAAGAAGUCAAAAAACCUGGAGAUACAGUGGUCACGGACAAAAAGCUUUUGUUCUGAUUUGGACAAAUGUUUUAUUUAUGAGGUGAAGACUAAUAAUGAGACUAUACAAUUGGAGAAAGUGUUGGAAUAUAACCAAACAAACAUUGUACCAACAAGGAGCUACACUAUUCAAAUAAGAAACAAACUAGACAGCACCUGUGUCAGUAAUAGUCAAUGGAGUGAUUGGAGUGAUCCUGUGGUACAAGAGGGCAUCACAAAUGUACCUGAUGUUAAUCCAGUUGUGAUUGCAUCCAUUGUUUUUGUGCUUCCUAUGAUUCUAUUGGCUUUCUUGCUGGUCUGCAAGUUCCAGAGGUUAUUCGAGAAGCUGUUCCCUUCCAUCCCAAACCCAUCCAAGAACGUUCAGAUGAUUCUUGAGAACAACUAUUUUAAUCAGGACAUGCCGACUAAACAAUGCGAAGAAGGAGCCGAAAUCCUUGAGGUGACAUAUAGUGAGGAGAAAUGUAAUGACAUUUUUAUUAAUGGGUCGUAAUCUCAAACCGUUCAGACUUUGCACGGCUCUGUACAAAACAGGAUUAGUACAACAGAGUUCGAGGAUGUUGCAUAGAUGAAACUUCUCAGUGGUUUUCGGGUGUAAAAGAGAGGCUAAAACAGAAGUGGUUCAAAAUGAGUAAACAAAAGCAUGAGCUAUCGUUUGUGUCGGCCAACAGUAUUGCUGUCACCGAAAUGCCUCAUUCUCAGUUAUUUCAGCUAAACAUUUGGUGUUAAAACAUUACAUGAACAGGCCUGUGGGUAUUUAGUUGUGUAAAUAUCGUCAUGUUCUCCAGCUCUGUAGUAAUAGCCAUCAGUUUUCAGUCAAAAUGCUUCGGGACGUAUAUUUUAUUUCCACAUAAUGCAGAAAAUGUUAUUACAUUUACAUUGAUACACUUCUGUCAACUGUUUCUCUGCGCUCAUUAUUUUUAGUAACCCAGUGUCUACAUGCACAUCCUUCCUUUAAAGGCAAUAGAGCAUUGCACAUGGGUACUUUCCAUCUUGUUUAUGUGUCCAAAAGCUUUGUAAUAUCGAACACAGUAUACUUAAUAUUUUAUAUCUCUCAUUGAUCACAAUAUAAAACCUUUAGAUACGAGGACAUCGGACGUGUCUGAAACAGGACCGAUUGGUUUUUCUUCUAAAAGUUUUUUUUUUUUUAAUGAUUCAUUUUAAGUUAUUCUUUAAUUCAUAAUGAACUAAGUUCGGAUGAGGGCGUUCACGUCCUCGUUGUGUAUUUUGUUUACCUUUUUGGUAACAUGUAAAUGUUUUGUUUUAUUCAAAUGUAAAUUUUAUUUUUAAAGUUUGUUUUUCUUCCAUGUUUUUCACAUUUUUUUAAAGAUUCAUUUUAAAAUCAAUGAACAAUCUUUAAUGACCCGGAUGUAUAAGAAAAUUCUGGUAGCAUGAAGGGUGGAUUAAAGAUUUGCCUGUAUUGCGUAGUGUACCACUAACAGAUCGCUGUGCUUUAUAUAACGUUUGUGUAGGUGUUGAAAUCGAAUUUAUUGUGCUGCAGUUUAAGAUUAUUUUAAGACUAAUCAAAUAGAUUAUAUUUUUGUAUAACACUUUUUUAAAUUUUUUUUUUGAUUUGUGAAUAUAUGAUUUCCAGGCUUUGUGUGAUGAAACAAAUAUAAACUAUAAGCCUUUAUAAUAUGUAUUUUAAUAUGUAAAAAAAAAAAUGAAAUCUAGAUAUGCAAAAAAUGUAUUCAUUUACUAUUUAUGUCAUAAGUAUGUCAUUAAAAAACAAACAUACAACAUACAAUAAACGAUAUUACAUACAA